CGGAUCAUCAUCUUGGCAGGUACCAUUCUUACUGCAACCACAACCACCUUCUUCUUCGCUCAGCCACCAUGGCUCAGGGCGCCUCUCCCAGCGGCAGUGGCAUACCCGGCAUCACGCCACCCACUUCGAUCCGCAGAUUACGACCUCCCACAUCUCCUACCAGCCCGCUGCCUCGAGGAGCAGCAUCUCGCGUCUCGCCUUCUCCAUCAUCGUCUGCCAGCGGCCAAGGCAACUCGCGCGAUGAUGUUCUGCGACCGGGCCCAUCGACGACGGUAUUGCCCAAAGCAAGACAAUCCAUGGGUCUACAACGUCCGGGCUUGGCUUCUCGCAAAUCAGUGACCAAUCUUCGCGCAGGGGCCGGGGCUAGUGCCGCUGCGACUCCCUCGUCGCGUUGUCAGACUCCCGACUCGCUCGCCUCUUCAUCUUCAGCACGGUCAGCAAGACCAUCGGGCGUAGGGCUCAGUAGUGGAGGUGGUCCAGUCACGCCUGCUGCUCCAAGAACAUCCUUGGCAGGAGCAAACCGCUUCAAUACACCCGUUCGAGGUGCUGCGACGCCAAAGCGGGUGAAUAGGGGCGAUGCAGAUACGCCACCAGUCCCGUCCCUCGAUGCUCGUUACGCGUCGACGAGGCGCAAUUUGACCAUCGACGAUUUGGGGGCAGAGGUCGAAGUACAGGAUGGUAAUGAAAAGGGCUAUCGCGGCAUCCUGCGCUAUCUAGGGGAGAUUCAAGGCAAAGGUCCUGUCGCCUUUGCCGGCAUCGAGCUACUGGAUGAGUGGCAUUCAAUGGGAAAGAAUGACGGGACAGUGGCAGGCGUCCAAUAUUUUGCUACCAACCCACAGUGCGGCAUGUUCCUCGCUCCCUCUCGUCUGGCCAAGCUCUCCAACGAGACGCCAACCGAUGCCGUGGCUCGUCCGCAGUCGGCCAUGUCGGGCAGGCAAUCACGGGCUUCUGAACAAGAUCCUUUCGAUCGACCUCCCUCUGCUACGCCGGCAAAGAGGAGAACCAGCAUGGCUCCCUCGUCGGUCAGCAGACCAGGUAGCAGCAUGGCCUCGCAGCGAUCCUCUUCGAGAGCGUCCGCUCGUCCAGAUUCGGCUCUCUCAACUUCGCGUCCAGCAUCACGAACGGCUGCCUUCACCCCUCGCAAGUCGGUCAUGGAAGAGGCACGCGAAGAGUCGCUAGCCCAACGCCGUGCAAAGACGAGCGCAGAGCAGAUUGCCGCAGCUCAGCAGCGCAUCAAUCCAGGGUCACGCGCAGCUCAGCUCAUGAACAUGAAGGCAAAGGACAUGGCUGCUCGCAAGGCGCAAGCCGCCGGCGUCUCCUCUGACCCGGUACAGACGCCUGCUCGAUCUCGUCAGAGCUUGGCAGGAAGUCCGACUCGCGCCGCCAACAGUAGCCCGCUCAAAGACGCACUGACCAACAAGGGAGAUGUACGAGCGUCGUCGAGGCAGAGCAUCGGGUCCAAUGCAGCCUCCGCAAAACCACGCAAAAGCAUCGCCGAUCUCCGAGCCAUUGCGGGCCAUACCCCGUUUCGACCAUCCAGAGGACCUCCUUCCGUUUCCGAGUUGGAGUCAGAGCAGAGCUCCAGUGACAUGCCGCCACCCAUGUCUGCAAGUCGCCAUCAGCGCUCGUCGUCGACGAUCAUGGCCGUCGAUGCAGGCAAUACGCCACGGCACGCCGCUCACAGUCGCUCAGCAAGCGUCGCCUCGCAUCGAAGCGACCGUGACGAGGACGAAGACUUGCCCGUCUCGCUGCGAUCACAAAAGGCGCGCUCACUCGCCCUAUUGCAGGCAAUGGACCUCGACGCUACUCCAAAGAAGACAUCCGUCGACUUGCGUGGUCCCAGCCCAGUCUCUGCUCGCGCUCCAUCUCGAGCUGCUUCUGUCUCUGGGGAGGCCGUAGCUGAAGGUGUGGUACCACUCAGCAUCUAUGAGGAGGUGUACAACGAGUUGGCGGAGAAGACGGCGCAGCUCAAUGAUCAGGCUGCGCAGAUGGCUGCUAAAGACGCCGAGUUGGAGCGGGAGCGCAAGCGGCUGCGCGACGAUCACGAGGCAUUCAAGCGCAUGAUCGAGGAGGAGCGCAGUACAGAGAGGGAGGACGAGAAGCGACGACGCGGCGGCAUCGAGACGAAGGAGAAGGAGGUGCGCGCCGAACUGGACGAGGCCAAGCGCGACUUGCGCAAGGCUCAGGAUGAGGCGAGCAGGCGAGAAGCUGAUAAGGCCAAGCUCACUGCGGACCUCGGAGAACAAGCAGCAUUGGUCGAGGAGCUGAAAAAGGCCCUCGCCGUGCGCGACGAAGAAAAGGCCAACAACGAUCGCAACGCCGAAUUCGAGGGCGAACUCAAGGCCAAGGACGCCGAGUUGGAGCAGCUCAAGGCGCGUUUGGAUCGACUGCAGGCUCAAUUCGAGGCAGAGCGCGGCGACUUGGUGCGAGAGAUUGACGACCUCAAGGACGCUGGGCAGGAGACGAUUACGCUGUACGAGUUGAGGCUGGAGGAGGCCGCGGCUGAAGCUCAAGCACAGGUAGACGAAGCCGAGGACCGCAUUCGCCAGCUCGUCGCGCAGCGUGAUCAAUCUGCGGGUGGCACCAGUGCCAAAGACGCCGCCGCUGGCAUCGACCGCGAAGCAUUGGAGGAGCAGCUCGCGCAUGCCAACAGCAAGCUGGCCGGGCUUGAGGACCAGUUGGCAGAGGCCCUCUCCGCCGUCGAGACAGAGCGGGAAGCGGCUGCGAAGCGCAAAGAGCGAGCCCACGAGGCGGACACAAAGGCAAAGGCGGAGAUCAAGAAAUUGAAGGCCGAUCUGGAUCGCCACGCCAUCGAGCUGCGAGAAGCUCGUGAUAAGAGCGAGGAGCUGCACGAGGCCUUGGAGGAGCGCGGACGCGCUCUGGAAAGCGAGAGGGCAGAGCUCGAGACGCUGAGGGCCGAGGCUCACGAAGGGGACGUCGCUCGUAGCGAUGCUGCUACGAUCUCCAAGCUGAAAGCCGAGGUCGAACAGCUUACUGCGCUCCUCGAGGGUGCACGCUCAGGCAAACGCGAGGCUGGCCGCAAAGUCGAAGAGCUCGAGCGCAAGCUGGCGGAUGCAGCAACCAAUACGCCGAAUGUCAUGCCGUCGUCUCCCAGCCUUGCCAGCCCAGACGCGGACAAGGCCAAGCGCUUCUCUUCAACGUCGAGCUCGAGUCGCCGAUCCGGUAGCCUGCGGGAUAGUCUCGAUCCAUCCGUAGCGCAGAGUCGGGAGAUGGCGGGGCUCAAGAGCAUCGUCAACGCAAUGAGCGAGGAGAACGCCGACCUGCGGGCUCAGCUGCGAGCAGCGAGCGCGGGUGGUGCAGUGGUGGCAUCGCUACAGGAAGAGGUCAAGAGUCUGCGCGCCAAGUUGGCGAGCUCCACCUCAAGCUCAUCACCAACGUCGUCCCCAUCGCUCGCCAAACGCAAUGAGGAGCUUCUCCGCGAGGUGAGCGACCUCGAAGCGCUCGUCGAGGCGGGCAUGUGGGCGAAGGAGGAGCUCGAGGCCAAGCUCGAGGACUGCGAGCGCAAGCUCAAGCGGGCAAAGGAGAAGCGGGCGGCAGCGGCCGCUGCGCAGCACAGCGGAGUAGGCAGGGUCGUUGAGGAGGCGGAACCACAGCAGCAGCAGCAGCAGGCGAAUGGGCACGGCGCAGCAAAGGGCGGAGAGGAGGGUGCGGGCGGAGAUACAGCGAGCAGCAGCGAUCCGGCUGCCUGCGACGACUGCGGAUCGCGAGACCACGCGCUCGAGGAUUGUCCGCUACUUGAUCAGAUCUUUUGAGAAGAACAGAGCAGCAAUGGAUUAUGUAUCGAUAGAGCAUCGCAGCGCGCAGUGACAAUGAAGUCAUCACGAUGCAAAAGGAAG